UAUCCUGUUUAUGUGCAUGUUUAUGUAGCCAUGUUCAUUGUUCACAGCUGAUUAAAUUAAAUUAAAUUGAUGAAACGUGGUUAAAAACAUUAUUUAUUAAAAAAAUUUAGUUAAACAAUAAAGUUUGACAAUUGAAAAUGUCAGAUUUUGCUAAAUCACAGCUUUUAAAAUAUGGCUGGUCUGAAGGUAAAGGAUUGGGUAAAAAUGAAAAUGGCAUUACUGAAGCAUUAAAGCCAAAAUUAAAAUUUGAUACAAGUGGUGUUGGACAUACUGAUAGUGAGUAUAAAUGGUGGGAAUUUGUUUAUAACAAAGCAACUGAUAAUGUAAAUAUUAAUUGUGAUGAAGGAGAAGUAAAAAUGAGUAUCAAAGAUAAAAAUGCUGUUGAAAUUGCAACAAGUAAAUCUGAAUUAAAUAUGAAACGUUUAAAAAAUGAUACAAAUAUUAAUUUACAUUUUGGUAAUUUUAUCAAGACAUCAACACUUCAAGAUGGUAAAAAUACAGAAGAAGAAAAUACAAAUAGACCAAUGUUAAAUGGUGAUGAUGAUAAUGAUGAUGAUGAAUUUCCAAAGCCACUUGAUGAUGAAGCAUUAUUAAAAGCUUGUGGUGGUAGAACAGCUCACAAAGGUGCUAGACAUGGUCUGACAUUAACUGGUAAAUUAGCUAGAAUACAACGACAAGAAGAAGAACUUCUUGCUAAAAUGUCAAAUCCUACAAGUGCUACAAGUCAACCAGAACCAUCAACGUCAUAUGACUGGACAACUGUUGAACGAAAGAAAAAUAAAAAAUCUAAAAAAGAUAAUGUUAAAAUGAACAUUGAUAAUGAUGUUGAAGGAGAAGAAACAAGUAUACAAGUUACUCCAUCAGCAUCAUCGUCAUCAUCAUCACCAUCAUUGACAUCAAUACCAAAUGAUUUAUCAUCUCUACAAAAUACAACUGAAUUUAAAUCUAAAAAAACUAAACUCAAAGAUAAACGUAAGCUUGAAAAUUUAGUACAACAAAUGGAAAAAUCACUUGAUUUAUCAACUGUCACAAUUGUUGGAGCUGAAAAAAUUAAAAAAAAGAAAAAAUCAAAACAUACAGAUAAAGUAAAUUUAGUAGAUGAUGAAAUAACAAAGAAAAAAAAGAAAAAAAAAUCUAAAAAACAUGAUAAUGAUGAUGAAACUAGUGAUAUUACAAAUAAAAAAAAUAAAAAAAAAGAUAUUAUUGAUGCUGAUACUCUAAAUCAUAAAAUAAAUAAAAAAAAAUUAAAUAAAUUAAAUAAAAAAGCUAAUAAAAAAUUAGAUAAAAUAUCAGAAUCAUUAGUCCAAUUGACAUUGGAAAAUCAAGUUGUCAAUGAUAAUGAGGAUAUGCAACAACAAAUAAUUAAAGAAACAUUUCAACUAGUGUCAAAAAGAGAUGAUAAUGUUUGUAAUUUUUUGGAAGGUGGUAGUUUAAUUGGUGGUUCUGAUUAUAAAUUAAUAUAUCGUCAUUAUGCAACACUUUAUUUUGUAUUUUGUGUUGAUAGUUCAGAAUCAGAAUUAGGAAUUCUUGAUUUAAUACAAGUAUUUGUUGAAACACUUGAUAAAUGUUUUGAAAAUGUAUGUGAACUUGAUUUAAUAUUUCAUGUUGAUAAAGUACAUUAUAUACUUAAUGAAUUAGUCAUGGGUGGCGGUCAACUUAGACUAAAUAAAAAAAAAAAAAUAUUAAAAAAAAAAAAAAAACGAAAGUAAAUUAUAAUUAAA